AGUGCCAUCUAAUUUCCUCGUUUCAUCGACCGGAGGCCUGCCAACCUUUCUACACCGCCGCCGCCACGAAUCGCACCGCUUGUGGGCUCGCAAUUGUAGAAAGUUAACAAAUCCUCUAGCGGAAGGAAUUCAAUAAAAGGUUUAAUUAUUCAUCAAUUCAACCUCAUUUUAAUUCGCGCAACCAAGAUCCCCACAUCCCCAGUGGAGGUUCUCUCCCCCCGGCCCACCUCAUCUCCUCCUCUCAGGAAAAAAAGAAUAAGAAAACCCUACUCUCUCUCUCCCCGCUCAAAUCGAAUUGAACCCCUCCUCUGUCUCAUCGCGGCCAUGGCUUCCGAAAACUUCACCGACAAGAACGUGGUUUUCAAAAAGCUCAAAUCUAAGUCGGAGAACAAGAUAUGCUUUGAUUGCAACGCCAAGAACCCUACGUGGGCGUCGGUGACAUACGGGAUCUUCCUCUGCCUUGACUGCUCGGCCAUCCACCGUAGCCUCGGCGUGCACAUAAGCUUUGUGAGGUCUACAAAUUUAGACUCAUGGACUCCAGAACAGCUGAAGAUGAUGGCUUUCGGGGGCAACAAUCGUGCACAGGUUUUCUUUAAGCAGCAUGGAUGGACAGAUGGUGGCAAAAUUGAGGCAAAAUAUACAUCAAGAGCUGCUGAUUUGUACAGGCAGAUGCUUUCCAAAGAGGUUGCUAAAAGUGUUGCAGAAGAUAGUGGCUUGCCUUCAUCACCUGUUGUAGCAUCCCAGUCAUCAGAUGCAGUCAAUGGUCUUCCGGAGCUCAAUCUUGUGGAUGUGCCAAAGGAAAAUUCAAAUGAGAAGCGUGAACCUGAGACUGCUCGAUCACCUAAGGCUCCUACCCAUUCUGCAGUUAUAAGUGCUGCUAAAAAGCCUAUUGGUGCGAAGAAGACUGGAAGCAAGACUGGGGGGCUAGGUGUCCGAAGGCUUACUACAAAGCCAAACGACAGUCUUUAUAACCAGAAACCUGAAGAACCAGCACCUGCUGUAGCAUCCUUUACUAAUUCCAACAUGGCAUGUGGCCCAUCAUUUCCUUCUCGAUUUGAGUACAUGGAAAACAUACCAUCUGCUGAGUCUAAUUCGGGAAGUGCUCAAGUGGUCAGUCAUGUUUCUCCACCAAAAUCUUCAAAUUUCUUUGCAGACUUUGGAAUGGAGAGUGGAUUUCAGAAAAAGUCAAGCUCGACUCCAGCAAAAGUAGAGAUCCAGGAAAGUAAUGAAGCAAGGCAGAAAUUUUCAAAUGCAAAAUCAAUUUCAUCAGCCCAAUUCUUUGGUGAUCAGAACAAAGAUGUUGAUAAGGAUGCUCAAACCUCCCUGCAAAAGUUCUCGGGCUCAACUUCCAUUUCAAGUGCUGAUCUCUUUGGUUACGAUAGGAAUGAUUCUCAACUUGACCUCAGUGCAGCAGAUCUUAUUAACCGAAUUUCCUUCCAGGCAUCACAGGAUAUAUCCUCCCUCAAGAACAUAGCCGGGGAGACUGGGAAGAGAUUGACAUCUUUAGCCUCCAGCCUUAUCAACGAUCUUCAGGAUAGAAUCCUCUGAGUGUGCUUCAUGAGGUCACAGUCAUGUACAUGCCUAAAGAACAGCUACUUUUUCAAAUACUGGAUCAAUCUCAACGUCACGGGAGGUUGCUAGUUUACUGUCUUAGAUUUGUCUCAUAAAUUUUUUUCGCAGAUAUACAUUGUUCAUCCAUCCAAGUUUCUGUGCGUGACCAACUUUUGUAGCAGUGGAAGCAUAGGAGCCUGUAGAACCCAUGUCGGAAUGGAUUUUAUACUUAAAGCUCUGAAAAGUUUGGGGCUUGUAUUUAUGGACUGGGCAAAUUUGAUGCCUGAAAAGUUGCAGAUGUUUUUUGUCAUUUGUUUUAUUUAUGUUUAUGUGCUGGACCUCUGCAGUGGAGUUGACAAUUUUUUUCAUUGCAAAAUAUUAUGGAAGCAGUGAUAGGAAUUCAUUUCGCA